AUGGCCUGGCGACGCCGCCUCACCUAUUGUCGGGAGCACGCGGUUGGGGAGCUCAUCAAGCGGUGCAGCACGCCAUUGGAGCUGGAAAGCCUCCACAAGAGCUGCGCGGGCGGCAGCAGCACGUACGUCUGCAACCUUGUGGUGGCCAUGUAUGGCAAAUGCGGAAGCUGCAGCGCUGCGGAGGCGGUGUUUGCACAAAUGGAGCAGCCCAACGUCGUGUCUUGGAAUGCCCUCAUGGCAGCGUAUGCCCACAACGGGCAUCAUGUGCACGCCAGGGCCGUCUUCGACAGGAUGGAGUUGAGGAACGCGGUGUCAUGGACAUGCCUCAUGACCGGCUACCACAAGGCCGCCUGCAUGGAGGUGGCGGAGUGGAUCUUUUCCAGGAUGCCCAGCUGGGGAGUCGUGGCCUGGAGUGCGCGGGUAAGUGCCCUCUCCCGCAGCGGGGAUGUGGCUAGCGCUGCACGCACGCUGCGGGCAAUGCCGGCGAGGACCAUCGUCGCCUGCAACUCGCUGCUCCGCGCGAUUGGGGCCGACCAGCAGCAGGACCGCGGGGAUGAGGCGCUGGACGUGUUUUCCCGGGUGAUGCCCCAGCACGACCUGGCCUCGUGGAAUGCCAUGGUUGGAGUCUACGGCCGGCGCGAGCGGCCCGACGAUGCCAAGCGCGUCUUUGACACCAUGGCUGAGAGGGACGUGAUAUCCUGGACGUCCAUGCUGCUGGCUUUCGCCCAUGCUGGUGCCACGGGCGACGCAGAGGCCACAUUUGCGAAGAUGGCCAGCCACGACACCACGGCGUGGAACGCGCUGCUGAGGAGCCAUGCCAAAGGCAACACGCCCGUGAGCACCAGCCAUGCGGCUCGGUUGUUUGACGGGAUGCCCCACAAGGACAUGGCUUCUUGGAACGCCAUCCUUGUGGUGUUUACCACGGCGUCUGCGCCCAACGGCGUCAACGCAGCCGCGAGCUGCUUCAACCGGAUGCCACGGUGGGAUGCGAGCUCGUGCACGAUACUGAUGACGGGCCUGUCCAAGUGUGGGCGUGUCGACUCUGCAAAACAGGUGUUCGACAGUAUGCCGCACCGGGAUGUGGUGGCUUGCAACGCCAUGGCGGCAGCAUAUGCCCGUGAGGGCAGGGUGGCACAAGCCAAGCUUACCUUUGACGGUGCGGCGACACGGGACUGCAUGUCAUGGAACACGCUCUUGGGUGGAUACAGCCACAACGGGCAUGUCGGCGCAGCCAGGCACACCUUUUGUCGGAUGCCUUGCCACUGCGUAGCGUCACAAAGCUCGUUCCUCGCGGCUCUGGCUCACGCCAGGGGUCAUCUGGAGGAAGCGGAGGCUGUGUUUAACGGGAUGCCACAGCGGGACCUUGUGUCGUGCAAUGCCAUGAUCCAGGCGUACGCGCUCAACGGCCAUGCAGCAAGUGCGAGGAGGAUAUUUGACGCCAUGCAGCGUAGGGAUGCGGCGACAUGGACAGGGAUGAUUGCAGCGUAUACCGAUGCGGGGCUCUGUGCCUCUGCUGACGCAGUGCUGAGAAGCAUGAGCCUGGAAGGUGACGCGGAGCCCGAUGGUGCCACCUUCAGCUGUGUCCUGGCUGGGUUGAGCCAGCGAGGGAUGGUGGAAGCAGCGCGCCAGUGCUUCCGGAGCAUGGUUUCAAACUAUUGCAUUCAAGCAAGCAUCCAGCACUACUGCUGCAUGGUGGAUGCGCUGGGGCGGAGCAGGCAGCUGCGGCAAGCGGAGGAGCUGGUUGAGGAUCUGGUCCGUGGUUGUGCCGCUGGCGAUGACGAUGACAUGGGGAUCGCGUGGACAGCACUGCUGGCUGCGUGCAAGUUGCAUGGUGAGCCGGAGAUUGCGGCUCGAGCUGCACACCGAGGUGGUGCCUUUGCCGCGGGGGCAACGGGCUAUGUGCUCCUGUCCACCACCUUCUGCUCAUCUCAGGCGACUUAA